GAGUUCAGUUUGAGUUCAUCACUUGUUGACGGCGGUUAUGUUGUACAGUAGAUGUCCGUCUACGUCCAUAACUUAUUUUAGUAAUAUAAACAUGGCAUCAGAGGGACAUGUGUUGUGUUUGGUGAUGGCGUGCUUUUUCGGUAUGAAUGAAAACUAAUGGAUAUGAACACGUAUUUAUUUUCUUGCAAGAAUUGGAUUAAAUUGCUAAUGAGUGAAAAGAUUAUCGGUUCCACAUAAUAAUCUAAAGGUAUACUGCUUAUUAUUAUGUGACAUCCUGAAGGCAUACAGUCAAGCUUGCACGGUAAGCUUUAGGUGUCUACAUUAUAUAAUGAAGCGUCGAGUUAAAGGGGUUGUGUUGGCCAUCAUACUGUGCUUCCUUCUGCUUCACUUGGUAAGCUUCCACGGCUUAUGGGAGGCGGAGGAGGUCAAAGCUCAAGACAGGCACUCUAGUGCAGGUAGAUGCUCUGGUUCCCCUCAUCACAGCGAGAAGUGUGAGCACUUCAACACAUCCUCUGAUAUACCGAUGAGCCAGAAUGAUCAUAAUGGUGACGAUAAGUGGACACCGGCCAUCAAUGAAAAUCCGCAGGAAAUCUACCUGAAAACGAUAAAAUUUCAUCCACCGAAGAACAUUAAGUUUUCGGAGAAACUCAAAGAUAAAACGGCACCGAAUUAUAAUUUAUCGAAAGAUUUUCCUUCUGUGAUGAGCACCUCACGGGAGGCCUUACUGCUAAUGGAAGAUUCCCAAAAUGAGACUGUGUCGACCAAGGACCCAUUUAUUAUACCAGGUCCUGCGGUAGUGAGCAUGCCAGAUAUGCACGAGAACCUCUCCAAUAACAGUAAAUCAAUGCGAGGCCAGUUCAAAAUAACAGCACCACGGCUAAACCUCUCAAGCGACUUAUCCUCACCCGAAGAAUUCUCCAAUAAUGUUUUGCCUCCUCGCCCAACUAUCAACAAAAAGAAGAAGAGGCAGGUGAUGAAAGAUUCGCCUUUGGUCUUGCUCAAGCGUGACAAACACUGGCCGGCGUUGCUGGCACCCUCUAACGCCGCCAUCUUCAGCAACAUCAGUUUUUCCAGAUACACCCCAGAGGAUCGCCAAUUCCUGGAGGGUCGUGUAGGUGUGUACGAGGCUCGGGCGCGUCAGGUGGCUGAGGUGUGUGACCAACAUGAAGCCCUCGACACGCCCAUAUCUGUCAAGACGAUGGUUUGGGAUCAGAAGCAUCAGCCUAACAUCAUCUGGUGCGAGUUGUCGAAGGUGGCGUCAACGAGCUGGAUGAUCAACUUCCUACGUCUGGCCCACUACCGCGAGAACGACACCUCCCUCGCCCACCUUCCCCCCAAGGAGAGAGAUGAACUCAGAUUUAAGGAUUCACAGUUCGAGGACGUUAACGUCCACUCCAUCGUCUACCGCCUUUUCCCCGCACCAAACAAUACUCGGGACCGAGCCAGGGUUUUUCGCAGGGCGCUACGGGUUAUUAUCGUCAGGCACCCCUUCACCAGGUUGUUGUCAGCUUACAAGGACAAGAUGACGACCCUCACUCCCAAACCCAAAACGUUCAGAUACAGGCAACUCCAGUUGAAAAUUAUCAAAAGGUAUCGCCCCAGCAGCAGCAACGAUACGUCACUCUUCCCUACGUUCCAUGAGUUUAUUCAAUACGUGAUAGACUCCACCGCCCAUCUCAAGACGCUUAAACAAUGGAAGAAGAUUGUGUGCUGGACUCCAUACUGGGCUCAGUGUGCUGUGUGUGCCCACGACUUUCAGUUGAUCAUAAAACUCGAGACAAUGGCUGACGAUGAGCGGUUCUUGAUAAUCCUGGCCAACCUGCAUGAACUGGAGGAGGUACACGAAAGGCGGAACAUUAAAGCCUCGACCAGCAACACAGACAACUUCUUCCGGCAGCUGAGCACCAGACAGAUGCAGCAACUACACCAGCGGUACCUGCUCGACUUCCAGCUGUUUGGUUACACACUGGACAAAUACCUUUCUUUGGCUAGAGACGCCACCGUCACCCCGGCCACCUGACAGUGAGAGGGUGAGGCUAGCUUUCAUUUGGAGCCCGUUGCCGGACAAAUGGAGUGAUUUUCUUGGUGACAGGGCUUAGUUAAUGCAUAAGUACACUCGGAAACCAUAUUCUCUAGCCCACCUGGGUCGGUGCUGGAGGUUAGUACAGUGUCCUUUCUGGACGGG